AUGGGUAUUCUUACUGGUCGAGAAGAAGCUCUUAAAUUAGUAGCUGCUGCUGAUUUUGCAUUUAUUGGUCCUUUAACUGAUUAUGCAAGAGGUAUGUCAACACGAUCUUUACCACCAACAAAUCAUUAUACACUUGAAUUUGAUAAAUUUGAUCAAGUACGUGGUUCACCAAUCGAACAUGAAGAACCCCAUUUUCAUUAUAUGCAAACAGGUAGUGGUGGUCAGAUAUCUGAUCCAAAAACUCAUAGAUUAGUACCAGCACCUGAACCAUUACGACCAAGAAUUGGUCAACUCUAUUUGGCUUUACUUAAUGAACCACAACAAAUAAAACAACUUGUUGAAAUAACUCAAGAUGAUGUCGAUGCAAUCAAAAAGGUAGCAGCCCAACCGAAGCCUCAUUAA